UGUGUGUUACAGCUGUGUGACAGCCGAUAUCGCUCAUAUGUAACGAACAUGGCGGAAUCUACGAAUAAUUCGGAGGAUGACCGACUGUCAUGUAAAAUCUUGAUUAUUGGUGCCGGUAUGGCCGGACUGUCUGCAGCAACUCAUUUGUUGAAGAAUAGCGAGACGGAUUUUCUUAUUGUCGAAGCGCGCGGACGUAUAGGUGGACGAAUCAUCGCGGCACAAGUCGGCAGCGAAAAAGUUGAGUUAGGAGCAAACUGGAUUCAUGGAGUGUUAGGUAAUCCCAUGUUUGAACUGGCGAUGGCAAAUGGUUUAAUAGACAUUGUACAUGUGCCGAAACCUCAUAAAGUAGUGGCAGCAUUGGAAGAUGGAAAACAGUUGCCGUUUCCCGUAUUGCGAGAGAUUUACGAAGCUUAUGUAUGUUUUUUGAGACGUUGCGAAGAAUAUUUCCUGAGCACGUACAGUCCUCCGGAUGGUAUUACCAGUGUAGGGGCACAUAUUGCGCUGGAAGCGGAGAUAUAUCUGUCCUCUUUGCCACCUGAACAACGAAGAAUAAGACAAUUGAUCUUUAACUGUUUACUCAAGAGAGAAACCUGCGUUACGGGCUGCGACAGUAUGGACGACGUAGAUCUCUUGGAAAUGGGCUCUUAUGACGAACUUCAAGGUGGUAAUAUCAGUCUUCCCAACGGGUAUAGCGCUAUAUUAGAACCAGUUUCGAAACACAUACCAAAGGAUCGAAUUCUUACCAAGCAUGUUGUAACAAAGAUUAGGUGGCAGAAACAAAAAUGUUAUCAAGACAAUGUUGAUCUUACGGAAAAAUCGGAAUCAAAUAGCCUUAUAGAAGUACAAUGUGAAAAUGGAAAGACGAUUAUCGCGGAGCAUGUAGUUUGUACAUUACCGUUGGGCGUUUUGAAAAGGACAGCUCAGGACUUGUUUGAACCGCCGUUACCAGCAUACAAGCUUGAAGCAAUAAACAGACUGAUGUUCGGUACAGUGAAUAAGAUAUUUCUCGAAUACGAACGGCCUUUCCUAAAUCCCGGUGUGUCAGAAGUAAUGCUUCUCUGGGACGACGAGCGAUUAUCCGAGGUGGAGAAGCGGGACAUUAGCAAGACCUGGUUCAGGAAGAUAUAUUCGUUUAUUAAAAUUUCGGACACGCUACUGCUCGGUUGGAUAUCCGGUCGCGCGGCAGAGUACGUAGAAAAGCUGAGUACCACGGAAGUGGCAGAGGUGUGCACGAAAAUCCUGCGGCGAUUCCUCAAUGAUCCUUUCGUACCGACCCCAAAGAACUGUCUGCGCACCACGUGGCAAUCUCAACCUUAUACGCGAGGUUCUUACACCGCGAUGGCUGUCGGAGCGAGUCAACUGGAUAUCAGGCGUUUGGCUGAGCCGUUAAUUGAGGAGAAAACGGAAGACAAAACGGACGAAACGGUCAAAAUUCUGGUGGCGUUUGCAGGUGAACAUACUCAUUCCUCAUUCUACAGCACAGUACAUGGUGCAUACUUGACUGGUCGAACAGCAGCUGAAUUACUCUUGGGUACCAAACAGUGUGAGAAACACGCCUUGAGUCUUAGUUGCGAAGAUACGAGCGAUCUUAGUUCGUGGAUUCAAGGCAUUUCUUUAAAUUAAUGCAUAUUUUUUUCAAAUAAGAAAAUGACGAUUAAAGACGUUUACAGACGUAUUUAGUCAUUAUAUAUACGCGUUUACACGUUUGUGCAAUUGUUUUUUUUUUUGUGUAAAUACUGCAGUGAAACAGCCGUCAUUUUACAUCAUGUACAUAAUGGUGCUUCUUAAGAUUUUAAGACUACAGUUACAUGUGGAUAACAUGUGCAUUUAUAAUGUCGUAUUCUGUUAAGGAAUAACGAAUCAAAUUUAGGUAGGACACCGAAACUAUAUGUCUGUGUAUUAGCGACAUCGUGUACGAUGUCACAAAUAUACAUUCGGCAAAAAGAUUUGCGUUUAGAUGUAAAAAUAUGUUGAAAAUGAUGACGAGUCGUACGCGCUCGUGUUCAUAUAAACUUUCAUUUUAUAAAACCGAGCGAUAUAAUGUUAUUUGCUAAACUUGUGUAGAUAAUAUAUUGAAUCGAAUUCAAAGACAAGCCUAAUACUAAGUAUUUGCGCGAAAUGUAAUGAUAUUUCUAACGGUUAAUCUUUUCGUGCAUGUACGUAUGCGUGUACGUGCGCGCAUAUAUACAUAUAUAUAUAUAUAUAUAUAUAUAUAUAUAUACAUAUGUAUAUAUAUGUAUACGUACAUAUGUAUAGUGAAUUAUUAAUGAGAUUUGUAAAGAAAUAUUUCUUUUGAAGUGCAUCGUACACUUUUUAUUCUCAAUUUUCUCGUACGCAUUUAUUUUCAGAUACGAAUUAUUCACUUGCUUGACUUCUUAUCUAUUACACGUUGUACCUAUUGUUUUAUAAAGAAAGUUCCAUUAUGGACAAACUUAAUCUAGUCAUUGAAAUUUAGAUACAUAAAAAUGUAUUUGGAAAAUAAUAAAUUAUAUCACUUACAAUACUGAAACAGUUCUAUAAACUAGAACAGGCAUUUAUGUAUGUAUUUUACGUUUCCAGCGAUUACGUGCCAUAAUUGAAUAUUGAGUAUUAAUAUAUUAACCUUUAAAAUAUUAAAUGAACGAAGCAGAUA